CGGUGAUCGUCUGGAUAGGACAGGUCUGCAAACAGUCGUCAGCCUGUAUGGCAAGGGCAUUGGGAGUGGCAGCGAUUGGAAAUGGCUGUCUUUGCAUUGACCCUGUCAAAUCUACACACACAGGAUGCUGCAAAGGACUGGCUGACACACCAACACUCCCAGAAACUAAAAUUUUACCAAACCCUAGGCCAUGUGCAUGUUGCCAGAAACAAGACACAGUGGUGCAGGAGGUGGUAUAUCAAUACUUAAUACCAUGGCACAUAGACUAACUAUUUUGAAUUAAAGCCACUUGAAAAUAGGUGCUGGGUCAUCCUGACUCUUCUGUUCCAGAGCAGGUGAAAUUGUUAAGGGAAAGCACCCUUCUUAAAGAUAACUAGACCGAGGCUUACUGAAAUACCUCAGCUUUUAAGCUCCUCAGGUAGUGGAGUUGCUUCCUCAAAUCUUACUGUUUGGCCACUUCAGCGCAGCCUGCCCUGCUCUGGGUCUUCCUUGUAUGGGUUUCCGUGACAUGUACAACUUGUAUGGGAUAAAUUUGCAUGCUCUCCUGUUGACCAUUCUAUGUUGCUUUAUUGCAUGGGCCCAGCCAGGACCCUAAGAUGGAGGUGGAGUGUUGCAGCCCCUUACUCUGGCAGAAGCCGCACUGCUUCAGACAGUGCGGCCUCUCCUAAUAGAUGGAGAUGGCAAGGGUAGAGGGUGAACUGUGAGGUACUGCUCCAAUCACUACUGUCUGUUAUAGUGGGGUAGUUUUCCUUGCUAGCUUAAAUUUUUCUUACUGCUUAGGACUCAGGUUUCUAAGUGUCUGUUCUAAAAGUCAAUGUUCCUUUAAAGUUUUCAUCUUCCUAACAGGCACAGUGGGGACACUCUCCGUUUAGGAUGUGGGAAUUAGCCAGCGCUACAGCAUGUCGUGGAGGUUGCUGACGGGACACCAGCUCUGCAGGCUGUGUCUUUUCAGAAAGCCGCAACCAGCUCUGAAAAUCAAACCUUCAGCAUGUGUCAGCUAUGAAACGGACAGCCAGACCAACAAAGAAAACACGAGAACAGUGGAAAGGCUCCAGGCAUGUUCCGUUGACAUCAGGAAGAUCCGCAGACUGAAAGCAUGGGUGCUUCUAGAGGAUGACACCUACGUUGAAGAGAUUGCAAAUAUUCUGAAAGAACUAGGAGCCAACAAAACUGUGAUCGCCAGUAUUUUAGAACGCUGUCCAGAAGCCAUUGUCUGCAGUCCUGCUGCUGUUAAUGCCAAAAGGAAACUUUGGCAGACGGUCUGCAAAAAUGAGGCCCACCUAAUCCAAUUAAUAGAGCAGUUUCCAGAACCUUUCUUUACUGUCAAGGACCAGGAGAACCAGAAGCUGAAUGUUCAAUUCUUUCAAGAGCUGGGACUCAAAAAUGUGGUGAUUAGCAGGUUUCUGACGACUGCCUCCAGCAUCUUCCAUAAUCCUGUAGAGAACAACAAGCGAAUGAUAGGGGUUCUCCAGGAGAGCUACCUAAGCUUAGGUGGCUCUCAGGCCAACGCCAAAGUGUGGCUACUGAAGUUAUUAAGCCAGAAUCCGUUCGCUGUGUUAAGUUCUCCCACAGCUGUAGACCAAAUACUAAAAUGUCUUCAGGGACAAGGUUUCACAAACUCUCAAGUUCUCCAGCUUCUGUCCAAACUUAAAGGGUUUCUUUUUCAGCUUCAGCCAGGAAGCAUCCAGAACAGUAUUUCCUUCACUAAGACUACUUUUGAGUGCACAGAUGAUGAGCUGCGGCAGUUGGUUGUGAACUGUCCCGUGCUGCUGUAUUACCCUGCCCCCGUCCUAGAAGAGAGGAUCCAGGCGCUGCUGAAGGAAGGAAUCUCCAUGGCUCAGCUAAGAGAGUCACCAAUGGUCCUUGAGUUAACACCACAGAUAGUCCAAUACAGGAUAAGAAAGCUGAACUCUUUAGGCUACAGAAUAAAGGAUGGGCAUCUAGCAAGUCUAAAUGGAACAAAGAAGGAGUUUGAGGCUAACUUAAGCAAAAUGCAAGCCAAGCAGGGAAGGCCACUGUUUAACCCUGUGGCAUCAUUAAGUGUGGAAGAGUGAUGUGGAGCUUACUUCUAGCAGGCAAAGUGACCAAUUCACAAAGACUUAAGCAACUCAGCUUGUAAGCACUACUGAGUAUCAGGACCUACUGAGCUUCUGAGUGGUGUUCAAGCACCUCAUAAUCGAUGGCCUCUGACUCUUACUGUAUUUUAAAAUAUAAAAUAAAUAUAAAUUGUGUUUAAAUAACA